UAGUAACAGUUGCAAAACAAGCUAGUACCACACUAUGAAGAGACGUGAAAGGCUGUAAAAGAAGAAGCAAGGUAGAAAAGUCUCCUCGGUGGAGUCUCUCCACUGACAACAAGUCAAAUAUUCCAACGUGAACUCGAGCUGGAAAGGUAGUCGCAGCUGUGGCAGGGUUUGGAUGGUGGCAAACAUCCCGAGGGCUGAGAAAGAAACAAAAUCACAGAGGGGCACUUGUACGGACGACAAAGGCAAACUUCACUCAGUCUCUGCCCUCAGCUUAAUGACUCCCCGUCCUGACAGCCCCCUGCAUCAUCUGCGCUCACGAUGAAUUCCGAGACUCAGUAUGAAGACACUGUCUCCGCCAUGGUGUUAGAAAACAUUAAAAACAAACUGAUCCAUGCCUUCAGGGGAACAGGAGAGCAGGUACCAGCCCUUUGUCCUGGCAGUAAUGUUGCAAGUACUGCUGGAAGAGACUUCCAGGUCAACGAGGAGCUCAGGAGAGCUAAAAUAGACGGAGCAAUAACCUGGCUAAGAUCUGAACUGCUGGAGAUGCGUUCCCAAGACAGACAGCUUGCUAAAAGAUUGCUGGACAUAAACAGCGAAAUACAGAGGCUCAGACGUGAAAAUGAGCCGUUCAGUCCAGAGAAAAAAGAAAAUGUCAUCUUUAACGGCAAUGCUCUCCAAGCUAAUGAGAUGGACAACAGGCAGUCUCUUGUACAGAAGCGCUGAAGAAGCCAGGCAUUUAAUUGUUUCUGUUAUGUGACCUUAUCCUGACUACUGAGUAGUAAACUGGCAUAAUGUGCUACAAUGCAAUACAGGCUCAUAAAUCCCUUAUAGAGGCCCAAUUAAAAUAUGUCAGUGUGUCAAUUGCAAAGGCUCUUAAGUGUGUCAUGAAUGUUCUUCUUCAUGUUGUCUUUACCUCAGUGGCAUACCAAUAUGACAUAGAACUUGAUUGUUCAUGAAGAGACUUUACUAUUAUCUACUCACAUUGACUAAUCUUGGUUGCUGUAUGUUUUGUGAAUCUGUUCUAGCAGUCCACAGCCUCUGAAAUGUUCUGUUUAUUUGAGGCCACAAAAUCCAACAUUUCACUUGUCGGCAGGAAACAGAUGUUCCUGCUUCUGGUAUAAUGAAUACUAGACUCUAUGUCAGCACUGACAUUUAACUUUAAUAUGUAAUAUAAACACAUUAUAUUAAAAAAGGUAAUAACCUGUGUGUUACUCUCAACUUCAUUCAGAAUUUUAGCACACUUUCAAUGCUAAAUAUCUUUUGUGAACAUGCACUUUACAACUACAUGAAAAUAGAAUUUGGUGUACUACUGUCCUGGGUUCCAUGUACAUCAGUUUUCUCUGGGUAGAAUUAUGCAUUAUGCUAACCCAGGUCUUCCUAAAGGGUUCUAAGAGGAUAAAAACGAAGGGACUGGUUUGUAUCAAAGAGCUGCAGAGAUGCCAGCUAAUCAGGAGCUUUCUUAGGUAAGAAAAAAAAUGCUCUGGGCUUAGAAGCCAAAUUCCCAACAAGCUCUGAUGGUAAGGUUUGUCAAUUGCAGUGAUUUUAUCUCAACAAAGGAAAUAGAAGUUUCAACAAUCUUUAGACCACAACAUCAGGCAUUUGGUGGUAUUAAAAAGACAAUGAGGUAUUCAAAACCAAGAAAAAAAGAAUAGAACACAAAGAAUAGCAUGAUCAAAAAAAU